GAAAUUAUUUUGACUUUUCAUAAAUUAGAUUUGAAAAAUAACAGGUGCUUAUCUUUACUUAUAAAUAAAGGUGUUUAAACAUAUAAGUACGACGAAAAUGAGUUACCGAUACUGGAAUUAUUGUGAUAGUGACAGUGAUUUUUCAGAUACAGAUUCUUAUAUAUCUUAUAAAAAGAAACCUUUCAAACAAUUACAAUCGGCUCCAACAUCUUCGGCUAAUAGAAAAUAUCCUUAUAUUGCAGAAUAUGCAAUUUCAUCAGAUACUUGUAGAGGAUGUUGGGAAACUAUUCACAGGGGUACUUUACGAUUAGGUGUUAAUAUUCAAUCUCUAAAAGAGGAUAAUAAGAUACAAUAUUGGUAUGAUUUUCAAUGUUUUUUCAAUAAACAGAGGCCCAAAAAUACUUUUGAAAUACAUAAUUUUGAAUCUUUAUUGCUCAAAGACCAACAAAAAAUAAAAAAACGAGUUGGUGUAGCUAAUAUCAACAUUCUUCCAGACACUGUAAAUGAUAAUAAGAAGGGCCAAAAGAGAGGAGGGACUAGUACUAAUAAAUUGAAACAAAAAGCACUCAAAGAUUUUAAAAUUCAAUAUUCCAUGUCCGGUAGAGCCAUGUGUAGGGGUUGCCAUCAAAAAAUUCUAAAAGGUGUUGUACGGAUUUCAAAAAAAUCUUAUGAUACCGAAGUUGGAAAAAAGUUUGACGGUCAGGAUAUGUGGCACCAUGUUUCUUGUUUUGUCGCAAUUAGGAGUGAUUUGGGAUAUUUUGAAUCUGCAGAUAAAUUACCAGGUUUUAGGGAACUUGAAAAAAAAGAUCAAGAACUUGUUUUAAAAGAAUUGACUGCAGUAGAUCCAGAUGAUCCUGAAUUAAAGAAAAUAAAAACUGAACCUACCUCAAAAGAUCCAUUAAUAAAUGAGGAGGAAUAUAAAGUACAAAAUAAACAAAUAUUCACCUAUAAAGAGCAAUUAAAUAAGUUAUCUGAUAAAGAUUUAACAAAUUUACUUACAACUAAUAAUCAAGUAGUUCCUUCAAAUAAAGCUGUUAUGGUAGAAAGGCUAGCAGAUAUUAUGACAUUUGGUGCUUUACUACCAUGUAAAAGUUGUAAUGGACAACUUGUUUUUGAAAAUGGUGGGUAUGUGUGUACUGGCAACAUUUCAGAAUGGGCCAAAUGUGAUAUUUCAGAAAAGGAACCCGAAAGGAAACCAUUCAUAGUUCCAAAAAAUCUGACCAAAAAAAAAAUCGCUGAUUAUGUAUUUAUACCAAGAAAGAGAAUAAUUAGAACUGAAGCACCGACCAAUAUUGAAAAAGUGAAUUACUAUGAGCCGCGUGUGAAAAAGGAGGCUCCACCUCUUUAUGAAAUGAAAUUCGUUAUUAUAGGCAAACCCCCUAAAGGCAAAGAUGAAAUAAAAAAACAAGUAGAGGCAAUGGGUGGCAAAUUGAUAACAAAAAUUGACGAAAACAUAGCUGCAAUAAUUUCAACUCCCCUAGAAGUUGAAAAGAUGAACCAAAGAAUGAAAACAGCUGAAGCUAAUCAAAUUCAUAUUGUAACCGAUGAUUUUCUGGAUGAAUGUAAAAACUAUGUUGGUAGAAUAGCCGAACUUAUAAUAGAAAAGUGUAUCUGUGACUGGGGCACAGAUCCAACACCCAGGCUUCCCGAUCUAUCAGCAAAAAAAUAUAAAAGUGUUUACAUAAAAUCUAUACCUGAUAAAGUUAAAAUGACAAUAAAAGGCGGCGCUGCUGUUGAUCCUGUAUCCAAACUGGAAAAUUGUGCUCAUGUUUAUGAAGAGGGAAAUGACAAGUAUACUGUAGUUUUAGGAUUGACUGACAUACAACUUGGAAAGAAUAGUUAUCAUAAGAUACAACUCCUCGAAGCUGAUGAUCUUAGUUCAUAUUGGAUAUUUGAAUCUUGGGGAAGAAUUGGUACAAACAUUGGUGACAACAUUACCAGGUACAUGAUAUCUUUGGACUAUGCUAAAAAUACAUUUACAACAUGUUAUAAGGAAAAAACUGGCAAUCAAUGGAAAAACAGAGAUAAUUUCAAAAAAAUGCCUAAUAAAAUGUAUCCCAUCGAUAUCGAUUACGCUGAAGAUGAUUUUCAAAAAUUCGAAAUUGUUGAAUCGCCUUCAACAUUACCAACAAAAGUACAAGAAUUGAUUAGGAUGAUUUUUGAUAUUAAGGCAAUGCAGAAGCUUAUGGUAGAAUUUGAAUUGGACACACAAAAAAUGCCUCUUGGAAAAUUAAGUAAAGCUCAAAUACAAAAGGCAUUUGGUGUAUUGAAGGAAUUACAAGAUUUGAUUGCAGCAAAUGCAAGAAGAGCUAAUUUCAUAGACGCAUCUAAUAGAUUCUUCACUUUCAUACCCCAUUCAUUUGGUCUGGGUAUUCCAGAUGUCUUGGACAAUGAAGAUGCCAUCAAAAAGAAACUAGAAAUGUUGAACAGUCUCGAGGAAAUUCAAUUAGCUUUUAGUUUGAUGCAGACAUCUAACCAAUCUGUGGAUAAUUGUUAUAGUACUUUGAACACAGACAUUGUACUAUUGGAUACAAAUUCAGAAGAAUUUGCUAUUAUUUUAGAGUACGUAAGAAAUACGCACGGAGCCACUCACAAUUUUAAACUGAAUAUCGAAGAAGUAUUCACGAUUAAACGACACGGUGAAGAUGUGAGUUUCAAUAAGUUCAAAGAUAUGCCAAAUCACAAGUUACUAUGGCAUGGUUCCCGAGCAACGAAUUUUGCAGGCAUUUUAUCUAGAGGUCUUCGUAUAGCUCCUCCGGAAGCCCCUUCUAGUGGAUACAUGUUUGGUAAAGGUAUAUAUUUCGCGGAUAUGGUAUCCAAGUCGGCCCAAUACUGUUUUCCAAAAUCAACUAAAUCGAAAGGUUUAUUGUUAUUGUGCGACGUCGCACUUGGAAAUACAUUGGAUCUUUUAAAAGCCGAGAAUAUUACCAAAUUACCAAAGGGGAUGAAUAGUGUCAGAGCAUUAGGCAAGACUCAUCCAGAUCCGACUUAUGUGAAAAAAAUUGAAGAUAUCGUAGUGCCUGUAGGUAAAGGAAUCCACCAAGCAGCUGCAGAAAAAUCACAUUUGUUGUACAACGAAUACAUUGUGUACAAUGUGGCACAGGUUAAUAUUAAGUAUUUGGUUAAAGUGAAUUUUUAACAGCUAUAAGAUUGUAAUUUGUUCUUUAUCAAGUAUUGUUUUGAAUAUGUCGCAAUUUGUUAUUUUAUAACUGGAUUGUUGAAACAAACAGGUUAAAAAGUGGAGUUGAACGUUUUCUCGGUACCUUCCGGACAGACCUGCACAACUCAAACGUUGCUGUUUUUGAGUGAAAGUGUUUGAAAUUUUUUUCGGUGUAUUAUUUUAUUUGGUUUUUUCAUUUUUUCUAUUCAUUAGAAACUCUAGUUACUAUUGAAGAAGUAUGCGUAGGAUGAUCUUUUACUAGCUACACUCUUUUAAGUAACUAAGUUCUUAUAGAAGACCUUUGAUCGUUUUCUAUACAAAAAAAAUACUACAAUUAAACGAAUGUGUAAAAGAUACUUCCAUUCAGUAGAAAACAUUCGAUGAGAUUCAUCUUUUCUAAUGAAUCUCUAUUCUUCAUUCUAACGAUAGGAUAUUAUACAGUGUGUUUCUAAUUUCAUGCGACAAAAUUCAGGAGAUAUCACCCUUAAAAGGUGGUGACUAAAAGUGAGUUUCAAUUUUUGUAAAAUUUCAGUAAUGCUAGUGCUAGUAAUUUUCGUAACCUCGCAAAGGGCUAACUACAGGUAUUUUUUCAAUAUUCCUGUUACAUUAUACGGGGGUGAAAUUAGCAACCCUUACAUUAUUUCAUAUAAAAACUUGAAAUCUUCAGUUUAUUUAAAAAUAUUUUUGGAGUUUACUCCUUAAGAAUCGAUUUGCAUAUAUAAAGGGCCCGGUAUGAGAAAAAUGUGAGGAGUAAAAUCUAUCGAUGAAUGACCUCGUUACGUUUUUGGUGCGCACCCUAUGAUGCGCAACUUUCUAAUUUGCCAGUGUCAACAUACUUAUAUUGCUGUUUUUAUUAUAAAUGUCAAUAAUUAAUAUUGUUAUUGUGAAGUUUUAAUUUUUAUCAUUGUGUUCCGCUAAAGCGAACCGAAAGUAUUUUCAAAUAACUAUGGCAGAAAGAGGUGUAGAUGAUAUUGCCGGAACAUCUAACAAACACGUGGUUGCAAGGUAAGUUAUAAUUCAUGUAUUAUAUGUAUGAGCAUGUGCAAUUUGUAUUUAUUAAAUAUUUUAAUAAUUAUCGAUGUAGUUCAUAUAAAUAUAUAUUUGAAAACAACACAUAAAAUUAGAUAAUCAACCCAAUAUGAAUUAUCGAGCGCAUCCACAUAAAAUAGAAAAUUUCUAACCUAACCAAAAAUUAAUUUUUUUGUCGAUGUCUAUAAAUUCUUCCACGUUAUUAUGAUUUAUUUUAUAAAUAAUUUUUAAAUAUUAACAACUGUAGUCAAUAAUUCGAUAAUAUCAGAAAAAUCGACAAUAUUUUUUCAUUAUAAUAAUGUUUUUAUAUAAUUUUCUUUCGAAAAGUUAUUUUUUAGCUUAUUUAAAUAAUUUUCAUGUACUAUUUAUUAUUGUAUGUAAAAGAUUUAGUGACAUAAUUAUCUUUUUAUAACCAUUUUUGUUAAUUAUUAAGAUAAUAUUAUAUUUUAAAUAAAAAAUUAAUUAUAAUAAUGUAAAAAAAAUGUUUAUAAAAACCUUUUUUUAUCAAUUUUCUUAAAGUCGGUUAAAAUUUUUAUAAUUUUCUAAUUUUUUUUUAUAUUUUUUGACUAGGAAAAAAUCUAAACCUCCAAAAACUCCAGCCGAGAGACAGCGAGCUUACAGAUUAAAAAAAAAUUAAUGAAGGAAGCCCAAAAUAUUCUGGCAAUCAACCAAUCUUUUUUAAGUUAAAUAAACUCUUUUUGCGUCUGGUUAGACUAUCGAACUCCAGUCGUGCGUCGGAGCUAACACACACAAUUUUUUAUUCUUAACCACUCCUGAUUUUUUGUUUUUUUUUUUUUGGACUUUGAUGAACCGAUUUUAUUCAUGUACUAUUGAGUAUGAAAAUAUUGAAAAAACUGAUAUGUUUUCAUUAUUUUCCGAGAAAAUUGAUGUUUUUUAUGUCCUUUAUGUCCUUUAUGUCCUUCGAUCUAAGCGAUUAUAACAACUAAUGUAUGGGUUAUAUGUAAAUAAAUAAUAGAUGAUCAUUUUACAACGUUUUUAUUAUAGAAAAAGUUUUAUAAAAUUAAAUUCCACUUCAAAACAAAAAAUAAAUCUACAAAAAUAAUGAAAAACGUAAUAAAUCUUCUAAAUAAAAUAAAUAAUAAACUGUAGGAACUUUGGGUAUGGAAACUUAGGAAACCAUUUUUGUCUUGGUCUAGACACAAGUGCACUUUGCAUUUUAUACACUUGAUUCGGGAUUUUCCUUUGGAAUCCGGUAAUUUGCAGCGCGUUCCUGACCGGCGUCAUGAGCUGGAAAGUGACCAACGCUAUCUCGAGCUAUUUCAGUUGACGGACGCAGUUCUCCCGGUUUUUUUGGAACAAUUACCGGCAAAGGCAACUAUUUGGUCGACCCCUUUUGGGAGCUGAAUUCUCAUUUCGGAGAACUAAACGUUGAGCUAGGUGUUGGCGAAAAUGAAGAAGUAAAAGCCGUUUUGUUUUAUGUAUUCCGAGCAAAUCGUUAUCUGUCUCAUAUUCACGAUAGGCUUGAACGAUUGCCAAAUAUGAAACAUGAAAAGUCAUCUG